AUGGACCAGUCGGCCGACUUCUUCGAUCCCCAAAACCAGCGCGCAGCACAACUGCGAGAGCAAUGUGCCAUGGAAACCCUCGACGACCUCCUCGACUACAUUCUCAAUGGCAACGGCUCCGUGGGCAUCUUCGACGCCACCAACAGCACCCUCGCCCGCCGCAAGCAAAUCAUGAUGAAGAUUCGCCAACGCGCCGGCCCCGAACUCAACGUGCUCUUUGUCGAGUCCGUCUGCCGCGACCAGUCCCUGCUAGAGUCCAACAUGCGUCUCAAGCUCUCUGGUCCCGACUACCAAGACAAGGACCCCGUCGCCGCCCUUGCCGACUUCAAGAAGCGCGUGGCCAUUUACGAGAAGAAUUACGUGCCGAUUGGCGACUACGAAGAGGAGAACAACAUGCCAUAUGUGAAAAUGGUCGACGUGGGCCGCAAGAUGAUCUCCCACCAGAUCAAAGGCUUCUUGGCGGGCCAGGCUGUCUACUACCUCCUCAACUUCAACCUCGCCCCGCGCAUGAUUUGGAUAACGCGACACGGCGAGUCCACCGACAACGUCGCGGGCAAGAUAGGCGGCGACUCUGAACUGAGCGAAAACGGGCAGAGGUACGCUCGCGCCAUGACGCGCUUCAUCUCUACCCAACGCAAAGAAUGGGCCGUCCGUCAAGCGGACAAGAUGGCCAAUACCCAUUUCCCCCCAGCGCCCGGGGACCAUACGCCGCCGAAUCCGCACUACAGCCAUGAAAUCGACGAGGCGCACAAUUUCUGCGUGUGGACUAGUAUGCUGAAGCGCAGUGUGCAGUCGGCACAAUACUUUUGUGACGAGGACUUUGAAGUCAAGCAAAUGCGCAUGCUCGACGAGCUCAACGCGGGCAUCAUGGAGGGCCUGACGUACGACGAGAUCCGGUCCAAGUACUCUGACGAAUACCUCCGCCGGCGCCAGGACAAGCUCGCGUACCGCUACCCCGGCCCCGGCGGCGAAGGCUACCUCGACGUCAUCAACCGGAUCCGACCGGUGAUUGUCGAGCUCGAGCGCAUGACGGACCACUGUCUGCUGAUUACGCAUCGCAGUGUCGCCCGCGUCCUGCUCGCCUACUUUCAGGGCCUCAAGCGCGAGGACGUUGCCGAUCUCGAGGCCCCGCUCGGCAUGCUGUAUCAGCUUGAGCCGAAGCCGUAUGGGGUCGAGUUCAAGGCGUGGAGGUAUAAUAGUGCGACGGAUGAUUUUGACCUUUUGCCGGAUUAUAAGCUUAGGCGGGCGGCGUCGGGUAUGGCGAAUUGA